AUGGCGUUAUUGUUCUCCCCGCCAAUCUUCAUCCCAAAGAACUCACUACUUCUCCUCUCCACGAACCGCUUCUCUCUCCUCUCGGUCACUCGAGCUAACUCCUCCGACACUGGGAUAACCUCUCCUUCCACCGUCUCCAUGGACGUUAAAGAACCUCAUACAUCUACACCAGUUGUCAAGAAAGAAGAAGUCUUCGCCACGGAAGGUGAAGAGAUGAAGACGACGGAGCCUUUUACCAAAUUCGAGGAUGCGAGGUGGGUUAACGGAACAUGGGAUCUGAAACAGUUCGAGAAAGAUGGGAAAACAGAUUGGGAUGACGUCAUCGUUGCUGGUCGUGCUGCGAUGAUAGGGUUCUUCAUGGCUUACUUUGUUGAUAGUCUUACUGGAGUUGGACUUGUUGAUCAAAUGGGGAACUUCUUCUGUAAAACACUGUUGUUCGUGGCUGUGGCUGUGGCUGGAGUUCUCUUCAUUCGCAAGAAUGAGGAUAUGGAUAAGUUGAAGAAGUUGUUUGAUGAGACGACGUUAUAUGAUAAACAAUGGCAAGCAGCUUGGAAAGAUGGUGAGGAGGACUCAUCAUCAUCAUUGGGUAUUUGGGUUCAAAGAAGUGAAAAGCGAAAACGGAGUCUCUUGCUUCCUUUUUUUGGUUAUAUGAUGUUGUAA